UGAAAACUCUUUAAAAAAAUCAUGUUUCAAAAUCACUUAUGAAAUUACAUUCGAACUACCAAACUGAUUACAUAAUCCAUAUGAAAGAAAAUUUAGUUUUCUAAAAUUCAAGUGUAAAUAAGUGUAAUGGUAAAUAAAUAAAUAUCUAAAGAUGUUAGCUAAAUAAGAAUAAAUAAAACAAAAUCUAAUUGUAAAUGUUGUCUUCAUGAGCGCGUGACAUAACAGUAACACUAUCACAUCUCGCCCUCAUUCUAAUAAGUAGUAAGAAACGAAAGAAAAAAAGAAAAAGAAAAACCAGACUAACAGAACCCUCUCCGGUCUCUCUACUGAGAAAAGGAAAAUCCAUUUCUGAAUAGGCAAAGAAAAUGAUGCCAGAAUCAUAAUGAAAACACUUCUCCAUUAUCGAUGGUCAUCAUCAUCACCAUCACCAUCUUCUUCUUCUUCUUCUUCUAAAUAAUAAUGGCAAAUAAACUUCACCACAUGAUGAUAUCAUCGACAAGAUCCAGAUCUCCAAUUCUCCUCUUCACUCUCUCACUCCUCGCUUUCUCUCUCCUCUUCUUCCUCUUCUCUCUCUCCUCUUCUCAAACCCAUAACCCAUACCCGAGCCCUAAUUUCACUCUCAAACCCGUCACCUCCUUUCUCGCUUCUCUCGAACUUUUCCUCACUAAAAAAUCUCUCUCUUCAUCAUCUUCACAUCGCGACGAUACUGUUCGUGAAGUAAUCGAAGAUGAUUUACAUAGAUUAGACGAGAAAAUGUUUGCAAAAGAGAGUGCAAGAUUGUAUUCGGAUCCCUACUAUCCUCUCCAGUUUCCAAUAAGGGUCUAUGUUUAUGAAAUGCCUAACAAAUUCACUUAUGACUUGCUUUGGCUUUUUAGGAAUACUUAUAGAGAUACUGUUAAUCUCACCUCUAAUGGCAGCCCCGUCCACCGAUUAAUUGAGCAGCAUUCAAUUGAUUAUUGGCUUUGGGCGGAUUUGAUUGCGCCAGAGACAGAAAGGCUUUUGAAAAGUGUGGUUAGGGUUUAUAGACAGGAGGAAGCUGAUUUGUUCUACAUUCCUUUCUUUACCACUAUAAGCUUCUUCUUGUUGGAGAAGCAACAAUGCAAGGCUCUUUAUAGGGAAGCUCUGAAGUGGGUGACAGAUCAGCCUGCAUGGAAACGAUCUGGAGGAAGGGAUCACAUUCUUCCUGUUCAUCAUCCCUGGUCUUUCAAAUCUGUUCGUAGAUAUGUGAAAAAUGCAAUUUGGUUGCUACCAGAUAUGGACUCUACAGGGAACUGGUACAAGCCAGGACAAGUGUUUCUUGAGAAAGAUUUGAUUCUUCCUUAUGUCCCAAAUGUUGAUCUGUGUGAUGCCAAGUGUGCAUCAGAAAAUGAAUCAAAGAGAACAACCCUGCUUUUCUUCCGUGGGCGACUUAAAAGAAAUGCUGGUGGGAAGAUACGUGCUAAACUUGUAGCAGAACUAAGUGGUGCAGAGGGUGUGGUUGUAGAGGAGGGCACAGCCGGAGAGGGAGGGAAAGCAGCAGCUCAGACUGGAAUGCGCAAGUCUAUCUUCUGCUUAAGUCCAGCUGGCGAUACUCCAUCAUCUGCCAGAUUAUUUGAUGCUAUUGUCAGUGGUUGCAUUCCAGUAAUAGUCAGUGACGAACUGGAGCUUCCUUUCGAGGGGAUACUUGAUUAUAGAAAGAUAGCUGUAUUUGUUUCUUCUUCUGAUGCCAUACAACCAGGUUGGUUGAUAAAAUUCUUAAAAGAUGUUAGUCCUGCUCAAACGAGGGAAAUGCAAAGGAACCUUGUCAAGUACUCGAGACAUUUUCUGUAUUCCAGUCCAGCUCAGCCCUUGGGUCCAGAAGAUUUAGUCUGGAGAAUGAUGGCUGGGAAACUGGUAAAUAUCAAGCUUCACACACGGAGAUCACAGCGUGUGGUGAAAGAAUCUAGAAGUGUAUGCACUUGUGAUUGUAAACGUGCCAACUUUACAGGUCCCACUUUCAUAUAAUUGAAGACUAAGAUCUCGUUUAUGUGAAAUCAUUCUUUCAUGUGUGGUUAUAAAUCUUUUAGUUAAUAUAAAGUUUUCACAUUCAGCCAUUUGAUUUUGGAACUGAACUGAAAAAGUAGAGGUUUACGGUUCUUGUUCUUUCAUGUUCAUUAUCAAUCCUCACUCUUCACCCUUCUUU